UUUGACCCCACUCUAAUCAUUUCUUCGUUUUCUUGAAGAAUGAGAUAUUUUCCCCUUCUACUUUGCCUACUGGCCAUAACUACAGCAGAAUUCCGGAAUGCUACAAAGCAGGUUCCAGUGGUCAUGUGGCAUGGAAUGGGUGACUGUUGUUGCAAUCCGUUGUCUAUGGGAUCUGUGAAAAAACUAUUCGAGGAGCAAAUUCCUGGAGUUUACGUUCACAGUCUUCAAUUGGGAUCUAGUAUUACAAAAGACAUUGAGCAUGGAUUUUAUGCAAAUACCAAUGAACUUGUCUAUAUGGCAUGUAUCAAAAUUAAGAACGAUCCUGAACUAAAGAAUGGAUAUAAUGCGAUCGGAUUCUCACAAGGAGCACAGUUUUUGAGAGCGGUUGCCCAAAGAUGCCCAAAUCCACCAAUGAAGAAUUUGGUGUCAGUCGGUGGUCAACAUCAAGGAGUUUUUGGAGCCCCGUACUGCAUUGGUGACAAUAUUAUGUGCAAUGGCGUGAGACGUCUCAUUGACUUGGGAGCUUAUCUUCCAUUUGUACAAAAACGAGUUGUUCAAGCCCAGUACUGGCACGACCCAAAUCAAGUCGAAGAGUAUAAAAAACGUUCUAUUUUCUUGGCUGAUAUCAAUAACGAAAACAAUAACAACCCGACUUACAAACGCAACUUAUUGAGUCUCAAAAACCUGGUUCUGGUGAAAUUCAAUCAAGAUCAUAUGGUUGUACCAAAGGAUUCAUCUUGGUUCGGGUUCUACAAAGACGGUGAUAUUGACACAAUUCUCCCAAUGAACGAAACCGACCUGUACAAAGAGGAUCGUAUUGGAUUGAAGAAGCUUCAUGAGAGUGGACGAAUCCAUUUUAUGGACGUGGAUGGAGAUCACUUGCAAAUUCCAAGAAGUGUGCUUGUCAACGAUAUUAUCAAAAAAUAUUUUAUGUGAACUUGUUUGAUUUUCAAAAAGAAACAACUCGUAUUGUAAAACUCGUACGUAAAAAUGAAUUAUGAAAUUAUCAUGA